AUGAGACUCCUGAAUGUGACCACCCAAGAGGUGGAGGAGUUUCAUGAGGCUGAUAUUCCGCCAUAUGCAAUCUUGUCUCACACCUGGGGCACCGAAGAGCUCACGCGCCAAGAGGUGGAAAGCAUUGCACAGCACCGGACAUCGCAGCAGAAACAGCAGUCGGCGACGCAGCUCAAAGCGGGCUACGCCAAGAUGGCUUUUGCCUGCAGCCAGGCCGCAAAGGACGGCUAUCGCUACGUGUGGAUCGACUCGUGCUGCAUCGACAAGAAGAGCAGCGCUGAGAUCUCUGAAGCCGUUAAUUCCAUGUUCAACUGGUACCAGCGGGCCGCUGUGUGCUACGCCUACCUCGACGAUGUGCAUUUCGACGACUACACGCAAGGCUACCGGACCUGGAAAGACGAUUUCAUCAGCAGUCGUUGGUUCACCCGCGGCUGGACGCUGCCAGAGCUGCUGGCUCCCCGCAAAGUCGUCUUCUUCGCCAAAGGGUGGAGGCUUCUCGGAACGAAAUCCUCACUCGUCAAGACCAUCGAAAAGAUCACCGGGAUAGACGAGCUGACCCUCCUCGAGCCGCGGCUGAUCCACAACGCCAGUGUUGCCCAGCGCAUGUCGUGGGCCGCGAACCGAACCACAACCCGGCCCGAAGACGCCGCGUACUCUCUCAUGGGCCUAUUCAACGUCAACAUGCCCAUCAUCUACGGCGAAGGCGAAAACGCCUUUCUCCGGCUCCAAGAAGAGAUCAUCAAACGCUCCGACGACCACUCCAUCUUCGCCUGGGGCACGCUCGGCCGGGGGGACAAUCCCCACCCAACCCACCCCCACCCCGACCACCACCUAGACGCCUCCGACCUCGACUACGACACGCUAACCGGCAGUGUAGGCAUUCUCGCCCGCUCCCCCAAGGAUUUCGCCGGCAUGCAACAUGUCGUAGUUUGCACCGCACCCCCGGAGAAGCACCCAACCUCCGACUACGCCCUGACCAACAAGGGCCUGCACAUCAAACUGCCCCUGGUGCGGGUGCACUUUGGCCAUGCCACGACAAGCCAGAGGCAUUACCUAGGCGUGCUCGACUGCUGCACUGAAACGGCGCCGGAUACGCGCCUCGGGGUGCUCCUGGCCGAAAGCAUCAGCGGGGUGCCGAAUAAUAAUGUGUACCUCCGCACGCGCACGCGCAUGCCCACUGUUGUGUCGGCGGCUGACUUGGCGACGCUGGCUAAGCCGAGGUUGAUUUACAUCCCCAACCGCCUCGGGACCGGCACUUCGCCUGCCGCCGGCGGCGGUAUUGGCGGGAACGUGAUGACGGCGACGGCGGGCGAGGAGGAGAUAAUCCUGAUCCGCGCGCCGGACCUGUUCGCGCCGGGGUAUGAUGUGUUGGACAUCCAGGCCAAGCCCGGGGCGCACUGGAAUAGGGAGUUGCGGACUAUGCGGCUGGCUGGGCUGGCGCGCAGAAAGGGGAGACCGUUGAGCGGGCUGCUGCUCUACCAGCUGGCGGUGGUGCCUUUUUUUAACAGGCACAUGAAGUGCGGGUUUGUCGUGCGGGUCCUGGUAGAUGCUGGGUCAAGGAACUGUUUUGUUGAUUUGCUGCAGCAGCGGCAGCGGCAGGCUGAGGGCGGGCAGGGCCAGGAUCGCCCGGGUGAGGAUGGGUUUGGGUCGGCGUUGGUGGAGGAGGCGAAGCGCGUUUGGGAGAAUCCAGGCAGCGUUGAGGUUAGCAUGCCGGGGCUGGAGGGGGAUCCGUCAGCGAGAGGGACUGUGACUGUUGAUGUCGUCAAUCCGGUGGUGUAUGAGAGUAAGCAGGAGGCCGCGGCGGGGACGCCGGGAGUUGAAGAGGAUAAGGGGUUGGCGGUCGGGCCUGGGGACGAGAUCAAGCUCUCCUCAAGCGUUACCUUCAUUGAAAAGUGGGAGAGAGACUACCAGAGAGAGGUGGAAGGGAAGGUGGCGCGCAAGUAUAAGGGCGUUAUUGAGCUGAGCCUGUCAUCUAGGCUAUGGCUUGCGCCGACCAUGAACAAUGGAGAGGAGCUGGAUCAGCUGUCGUAAGUGUCCCGAGAGUUGGGCUCCCGUUGGUAUUGUGCAGCAUAUAUAGAUCAAUGACAC